CAGGAAAACCCUAGAGAAAUUUUCCCAUCAUCAGACCUGCCAGUAUUACCACCUAAGUUUGGUUUAGAGCCUUCGAACCCGUUUAAUUUUUAUUUUUUUAAAUCUUCUCCUGUUAAUUGUCUGUUUGGUUGACUAGAAAAUGUGGGUAAAGAUAAGAAAUUGGAGUUUUUGUUUGCCUAAUAAUACCUAAUUCAACUGUGCGCUUUAGCUUAGCUAAGUUUUUCUUACGUACCCGAAGUAAGAUUUGUGGUCGUACAAAUGUGACUAUAUAUGUAUUUAACUGAGCAUAUAGUUAGAGGGAGGGGAAGCCCUAAACUUACAUGGGUGCGGUAGUAGAAAAAAGAAAACAAAAUGAAAACUAUAUGAAUUUAUUUAAUUUCAUUGGUAUAUAGCACUUGACAGAGCAGAACGGCGAAAAAAAUAUUUAUGGCGCCGACUUUACUUGAUUGGGACACAAAGGUUUAGUUUGGUUUGAUUUGAAUAUUUUAACUGAGCAGCUCGUGACAUAAUGAUUGAACAUAAGGCUUAGUUUGUUUUGGUUUGAUUUUGCUAUUUGUCAAAUAUUUGUUUAUAUAAUUAUUUGUUUUUAUGCUUUUUGAAGCAUUCAUGGGAUUAAUGAAGAGAAAAUCACUAGAAGGCCCAUCUGAGGAAUCUGGCCCUCCAUCGAAACAGCAGAGGGAGAAUGAUUUAAUCAUCACAGAUGAAUCUGUAGCAUGUGUACACGAUGUGUCAUAUCCUGAGGGUUAUGUUCCUUGUUCAAAUCUCUCAUUGGCUCAAGAAGAUUCAAAACCAGCAAAGGAAUUCCCUUUCAAACUCGACCCUUUUCAGUCCGAAGCAAUCAAUUGCCUUGAUAGUGGUGAAUCUGUUAUGGUAUCAGCUCAUACAUCAGCAGGGAAAACUGUUGUUGCACUUUAUGCCAUUGCUAUGUCAUUGCGGAACAAGCAACGGGUGAUAUACACGUCACCAAUCAAAGCACUCAGCAAUCAGAAAUAUAGGGAGUUUAAAGAAGAAUUUUCAGAUGUGGGUUUGAUGACCGGAGAUGUCACCAUCGAUCCGAAUGCAUCUUGCUUGGUAGGUGUGGUGGCUAAUGUUGUGUCCAAUGAAAUUAUUUUUGUUAUGAUUCAAGAGUUGUUUGGUUGUACCUCAUGUGAUGUUUAG